UGAGAGGGCGUCAGUGUCUCCGGGACGCCGUCCCCCGCAGGCCCCAGGCUGGGCAGGGGGCGGGCGCUGCCCUCUGGGCCCCGCGGAUCCGCAGCUCGGCGGCUCGGAGCUGCCCGAUCCGUGGUCUCUGCUGCGGUGAGGGGGCCCCGGGCGUGCGGCUCGGGAAGCGAAACCAACCGCGGCCUCCAAGGAAGAGCUAAGGUCGGGCGAUGAGACUUCUCCUCGCAGGUUUGCUGGAUGACCUUGGUAGUUCUAAUGCUUAGCUUCGCCCUCACAGAGUUGCGCCGUUGAACUUGGCUGUAUUGUCCUGCCUCACAGAACAAACUCAUCAGCUGCAGGCCUAGCCCGGGUUUCUGCUUUUCAAAGCAAGGGAAGGUGGAUUCAAUAUCAAGCAUAACACAGCAUGGAAUUUCCAGAGAGGUCUUACUUCAAAACUUUAUAAAAAGAUCAGAACCCCUAUGGACUUUCAUAAGGGAGAUUGAACUGGCCAGAGAGGAAGGGUAAUGUGUGCCCAGCCUGCCCCUAACACCAAGGACGCCAGGUGGAAGAAGGUCCUGUAUGAGCGACAGCCCUUUCCCGAUAACUACGUGGACCGGCGGUUCCUGGAAGAGCUCCGGAAGAACAUCUAUGCCCGGAAGUACCAGUACUGGGCUGUGGUGUUUGAGUCCAGUGUGGUGGUGCAGCAGCUGUGCAGCGUCUGUGUGUUUGUGAUCACGUGGUGGUACAUGGAUGAGGGUCUUCUGGCCCCGCAGUGGCUUUUUGGGGCCGGCCUGGUUUCUUCACUGGUCGGCUAUGUUUUGUUCGAUCUCGUCGAUAGCGGUGAAGGGCGGAAAAAGAGUGGGCGGACCCGGUGGGCUGACUUGAAGAGUGCCCUGGUCUUCAUUAGUUUCACGUAUGGAUUUUCGCCAGUGCUGAAGACCCUCACAGAGUCCGUCAGCACUGACACCGUCUACGCCAUGUCAGUCUUCAUGCUGUUAGGCCACCUCAUCUUCUUCGAUUACGGUGCCAGUGCUGCCAUCGUAUCCAGCACACUGUCCUUGAACAUGGCCAUCUUUGCUUCCGUCUGUCUCGCCUCACGCCUGCCUCGCUCCCUGCACGCCUUUAUCACGGUGACUUUUGCCAUCCAGAUUUUUGCCCUGUGGCCCAUGCUACAGAAAAAACUGAAGGCACGUACUCCACGCAGCUAUGUGGGAGUCACGCUGCUUUUUGCGCUUUUGGCCUUGGGUGGCCUGCUGUCUGUCAGCGCUGUGGGAGCCAUACUCUUUGCCCUUCUGCUGGUUUCCAUCUCCUUUCUCUGUCCCUUCUACCUCAUUCGCCUGCAGCUUUUUAAAGAAAACAUUCACGGGCCUUGGGAUGAGGCUGAAAUCAAGGAAGACUUGUCCAGGUUUCUCAGCUAAGUUAGGGACCUGUGCUCCUUUAUUAAGGCAAACUGAAUGAAUGAUUAGCUUCCCAGCUAGUAUCUGAUUUGAAGGCAGAGUUCCAUUCCGGCAACGCACACCGAUGCGGGCGGGAGAACAGAGAUCCACAGAGACGCUCACCAUGGGUGUGGGUGGUGAAGGUGCUGAUCCUUUCUGCCAUUUUGUGGAUGGAAAAGCUCUCUGGGCUGUCUAUCUCAAAUCACGGCUCUCAUUUAUUAUUCACUGUAACAAAUGAAGUGAUAAUGGUUUCUACUUAUAAAAAAACAACAUAUCCA